AUGGGUCAACUGUGGGGACUUGGACCACCUAAAGAUACAAAACUCGAUCCUCCGAAAGAUACUCCUUUCACUUCAGAGCAACUUUCUCAGGCAGGUUUUACUGGCUCAGAUGAAAAUACAGCGAUUUAUGUUGCCGUGAAGGGGACGGUAUUCGAUGUGUCUUCCAAGCGGGAAUUGUACGGCCCCGGAGGCGCUUACAGUGUUUUUGCUGGAAAGGAUGCAUCUAGGGCCUUGGGCAAGAGCUCGACGGAUCCCCAAGACGUAGUUGCUGAUGUUAGUACAUUGGACGAAUCUCAACUAGAGGUCCUUGAUAAAUGGUACACUUUCUUUUCGGAAAGAUAUAAUAUUGUCGGAAAGGUUGUGUAA